AUGGCUUCCACCACUCGUUUCCUCCUCCUGGCACUCGUGGCGACCGCAAUCGUCGCCAUAUCCUCCGAAAAACUCCUACUGCGAGCGGCCGCGACUUCUGAAAACGGUUCUGGCGCCAGUGAAGCGGACAUGACGUCACUCCCGUUGGACGCCACCAGCAGUGAUCACAGCAGGCGCAUGCUCAAAUCUUCCAGCGAUUCGCAAAGCAGCAGCGGCAGCGGCGGCAGCAGCGGGUCAUACAAGCCGAAGAAGCACGGGAAGCGGAGCGCGUCGAGCAGCGGCGGAAGCGGCGAGGGCUACUGCCCUUACGCGGGCCGCCCGGGGAACUCUCCGGCCAGCAUCUUCUGCGGCGGCGCCUGCUGCAUUGUACGUCCCCUUCCCCCCUCUUCUACCCCUUCUCCCUCCCUUCUGACCCUAUUCCUGCCCUUCCGGCCAGCAUCUUCUGCGGCGGCGCGUGCUGCAUUAUACGUUCCCCCUCCCCCCCCCCCCCCCGCUCCCCCUUCUUCUGCCCCUAUCCCUUUUCUCCCUUUCCGCCUAGCACCUUCUGCGGCGGCGCUUGCUGGAAUGCACGUUCUUCGCUCCCCUCUCCCACCAUUUCCCCGCUUCCCCCGCCCUACGGGCGGGCCGCCCGGGAAACUCUCUGCCCAGCACCUUCUGCGGCGGCGCAUGCUGCGUUCUCUCCCCUCCCCACCCUCCUCCCCCCCCCCCCCUCUCCCCCCCUCGCCCCCACAAAUUCCCCCCACCCCACCCCCCCUCUUCUUCUGCCCCUAUUCCACUUCUCCCCUCCUGCUCACCAUCUUUGCGGUGGUGCUUGCUCAAUUGUGCGUUUUGCUUUCUCUCUUCGCCCCGAUCGCUCCCGUUUUCCUAUCUCUCCUUCUCCUUUCCCGUCCUUCCUCCCGAUUAACCCCUUUCCCGACGCGGAGUACCCGUGCUGCGGAGGCCAGAUGUGCUGCAGGAGGGGAGGGUGCUGCACCGCUGGACGCGGAGUACCCAACUCGGAGUACCCGUGCUGCGGAGGCCAGAUGUGCUGCAGGAGGGGAGGGUGCUGCACCGCUGAACAUUGCUGUCAAGCUCCAGACUCAACUCACGGAGCAGAAUAUUCUCAUUGGAGUGCAACAGUGUCGUAUCCAGAACUUGGAGGCUGAUUCUGUUAAGCUUCAGGCCUUGAUUGAGCAGCUGACCAGGGAGGUGCAGUUGAUCCCUAAGGAAAACGACACCUCCAGCCUCAUUCAGGACCUGCACAACACUCUUCAGUUCGUGCAGGAUCAGCUCAAGAAGCAGGAGAAAAGCAUCUCUGUGCUUCAGACCCAGUACAGGGAGAUCCGGCGUGGAAACCUCUACCAGCCUGCUCCUGCAGCAGAGCGAGUCGCCAACGCCGCUAACAGCCGUGCUGCACCUGCUGAUGCACCUCCUGCUGUUCCUCCUCCUACUGGAGCACGUGCUGAGCCUCCUACUGCAGCAGCAACUGCCUUUGGCUCCUGCCCUUCGGCCCUGCCUCGUUUUGUCCAUGGCAAGACCGACGUCGAGACUUGGCUCUCCAUUGCGGAGGACUUUAUGUCCAUCCACAAUGUGCGUAGCGAGGCUCGUGUGGUCGCUGCAACCCUUGCCCUGGACGACACUGCGAGCAAGUUGGUGUAUGCCAACAAGCGCCACGCAGAGGCUAAUGGCCAUCCUUUUGGCUGGGAGGAGUUCAAAGCUGCCAUGCUGGCGGCAUUCCUGAGUCAGCCCCCGGCGCUCGAGGUGCGUAGCCGCCUGGAGAACAUCCAGUGCGGUGACCAGCCUGUACGCGAGUACGCCAAGGAGUUUGAGAAAACUCCGUCGCUGCUGAAGACUGCUCUUCCUGAGAGCGAGGUCAUCCACCAAUUCUUCAAGGGUCUCCCUGAGCACAUCAAGCGUGUGCAUGUUGUGCGCGGGGAGCACCAGUGGAGGACCUACAAGGAGUGCAAGGAGCAGGUCAUUGACACGGAUGUGAAUUUCCGUGCGUACAUGACUCACGCUCGUGCUCAGCAGCAGCCUAGUGCCGAAGGCCCUAGGGGGGGUGGUAACAGGACUCAGGCACACAGGGGCAGUGGCUCUUGGAAGAGGCCCUAUCAGCAGAAGGGGGAAUCCUCUGGGACUCAGUCCAAGAGGGCCCAUGCUGGGCCUGCCAAGGAUCCUCAGGAUGAGGAUAAGUCCCCGGCAGGCUGCCGCAUCUGUGGCAAGCUCGGGCACAAGUCCUAUCACUGCCGUUGGAGGAAGUCCGUCAAGAACUCCGGCAAGCCCAACCAGGGCAAGAAGCCGGAUGGUUCUGGCCCUUCGGGCCCGAAGGAUUUUCCGAAGUCCAACUAG